AUGUCUGACGACCAGGCUUUAAAGCACAUCAUGGACAGAGAUGAGAAGUACGUCCGCGAGCACAUGCGGGGAUAUCUUAAAGAGAAGAACCCUGACCGUCUUGCACUGAUUCAGUUAUGUGCUGCGACACAAGGGUGUGUUCCUUUAGUCCACCCCUUUCUCAAGACAAACUCCCCGAAACUCAACUCGGAACUUCUUGCUGUUGCUAUUUAUAAUCAACACAUUCCACUCGUCGACUUGAUUCUAUCGCUGUAUCAAAAAACAAACCAACUUCCUCUUGCUCUUCAAUUCACUCAACUCUUUGGUCCUGAGCAUUACCCCUUCUCUCUUUUCAUUGAAAAGGUUGAACCAGAGAAAGUCGAGAAAGUGGAACUCUCAGACCAUCAACUGCACGUCGACGAAUUCGUUGAACCACUGAAUGAUGUUGCAGAUAACGUUAAUAUCAAUGAAAGCGCUAUCCUUCAACCACCAGCAAAGAACGCGUCUUCAAAUUCAUUGAACCCAAUUUUAGACGGGAACUCCGAGAGAUCAAAUACGUCUGAAAAUUCAAAGACCUCGAAAAAGUCAAUUUUCGACAUUUUCAAGAGUCUGAAGCUCUCGACACCAAUAAGAAAUGAAAUAAACAACGUGAACUCCAUCUUCGAACCACUCAACCAAAACUCAGUCUUAUUUUUGGGAGACACAAUAGUCAAUACAUCAGACUCAAAGAUCAAAUUCUUCUUUUAUAAGGCUCUUCCAACGCGGCGGAAAGUCGUUGAGGUGCGCGCGAUGAGUGCGCGCGUGGCGCUUGAGAUUGGUAUUGGGUCGUUGCAUAUCACAGUUGUGAAUAAGACGAUAUACACCCUGACGUCGACAUAUCCGAUUCCUUCGGAAGACAUCUGCUUGUUCUUCUCGUCGGAGUUUUUCGAAAUUGGAAGCGUGAAAAUCCCAAAUCCGCCGGAUGCGGAGAGCGCGCUGAUUUGGUUUGAAAUGAGUCCGUUCAGUGCGCUCUCCGUGUCGAAUGUGACGAGUGUCCCGACGCAUGACACCUACGAGAAUUUUGUCGACUUCAAUUACCCAAAAGUGUUGGAAAGACAUCUUCCACCACCGCUCAUGUCACACAUCUCCGUUUUACUUCUCUCGUUAUCAAAGGUCCCAAACGACGAACUGUUUGAUACUGUCAUCUCCAAAUUGAGUGCCGACUGUGUCGAACAACAAAUCAAAAUGACAAAUCAGUUCUGUCUGAGACAAUGCGCCUUCCAACACCUCCCAAGAGAGUUCGAACGACUCAAAAGUUGUUGCAAUGAAAUUGAUGAAAGUGUAUUUAGAGCACUUGUCUCGUCUCCAUUCACUCGGAGCCAUCGCAAGAUCUUACAGAUGUUGCCGAUCAAAGAAUUUAGUAGAACUCCUAUUGGUGCAAUUGAUGAUAUCGCUGGUAUAAACGCGGCGUUGAAAAUGGCACCAGCACCGUGUCACAUCAUUAAUGACAUUUCACUCAUCGAAACUGCGUUGAAGAAAAAGAGUAUUGCCGCGUUGGAAGUUCUUUGCAGGAGAAAGCCUGUUGGUGUGGAUAUCACAGAUACUGUUUUUGAUCACCGUGUUGAACACAAUGAAAGUGAUAGCAAUGCGAAUAAGUACUCGACGAAGAUACUUGAGGCAUUUCUCGAAUCGACUCUACAGGCUUCGCAAAUCAUUUCUAAAGUUGUCAAAUACCCAUUUGAUUAUUUCACUGUAAAUUUGACUGCAACGACAAACCCGGAGGCCGUCGCAUAUAUGUUAGAGAACGGCGCGAAAUGUGGCAGACUCAACUCGUUCAAUGAGAGUUGUAACGAGAUCAUCUACAAACACCACCCAACUUGUGUCGACCAAAUGGAAGAUGGGGGUCGUCCGCUCCAUAAGGCAGUUCAAGAGGGCAAUUGGCGAUUUGUGGAGUGGCUUUUAGAACAUGGUGCUGAUGCCACAAAGCGCGAUCUUACCAAUAAAAAGGCCAUUGAAUACAUAGAACAGACUGAAGACAAUAAGAGUUGCUUUCUCUUACUAGAAGAGAAGAGUCAUGAGAUGAGUAUAGGAGAGAAGACUGAGGUGUAUGUUGAAGGUGUUGAUAUUCUUGUUGUUCCCAAUAGUCAUUGUGUUGUGGUGAGUAAAGUGAAUAGUAAGAUGCACGUCAGUGUGACUGGGAAAGAUCUCUUUGAGCUCAAAAGUGACUAUGAGAGUGUCUUAGGAAGUGGGGACACCCUUUUGAUAGUACGAAAAGAUUCAAUGAAAGUCGUAGAUGUUGUUUCGAAGAGUGAAAAGGACCUUCCAAAGAAUUAUUUCAUCAAUCAACAAAACAGUGUCAUUUGUGGGAAUACAUGUUACUGUGCCCUUCCUGGUCUUGACCACAAAGAGACGUACGAAUUGUGGAAGAGUGAAUUGAGUACUUCUUUCAUGAUGAAAAGAGUUGUCUAUGACUUUGGGAGAAUUGAUUAUAUCACAUCCGACGAUGACAUUGUAGUUGUUGUUUGUAAUAUCUUCCGAUAUGAUAACAAUGGACGGAAAUAUGUUUCGUUCUCGCCUCAUGAUAGUAAUGAUAUCAAUACAAUUCACGUUGAAAUAGUUCGAGAAGACAGUGUUAUACCAAUUCCAAUAGAAGUGAGUCCAAGUGCGUUAGAAUGGGAAAGCAGUGAAAUUGAGAGUGUCUGUCUCUCCGACAAUUUACUCUUCUUCUUCGUGAAAGACGCGAAGUCUUCUAAGCCGCAUUUUGUGAUCGAUUUCGUGACUAAACAACUUGUUGGCCUUCCACAACAAUUUGAGGUGGUACACAACGGGGCUUGUAUCUUCAACAAGAGCGGAGUCUAUUGCGAGAACAACUUUAUUAACGUCUUUGACUUGACUCAAGUGCUCUUUAGUACGAUGCAGAGACUUCUUGGGAAGUUCAUGAGAAGUGAUGUGCAUGACUAUGUGAUGAAUAACGGAAUCGACUUCUUUAAGUUCAGCGGCGACGUCUUGAGGUGUCGGAUACCACAAAUCUUCGAGAAGGUAAACACCCAGUCGAAGAGUCUUUAUGUGAGUUUGACAAAAGAUGAGAUGGAGGCUUUUUUGCUGUACAUUUACACGGGAAAUCCGUCAUUUCCAGUCAGAGAUUUUGUUGUCGUUGACCGAAGACAAUUGUUAUAUAGAGCUAAAGUCAAGUUGGAAAGUCAAUUCAGAGUAAAGAUUGAAAUUUUUGAGACAUUUGAGAGAGUCGUCGAAGAUUUUGAGAACAUGAAAGAUAGCAAAGUGAUGUGCGAGGUGUCGACACGCAAUGGGACCAUAAAUGUCCAAAAAGAAUGGUUCAAUUUCUUAUUUAAAACUAUUGAUAAAAAGUGUAUGGAAAAGAACUCAAGCCUCGAAGAGGUGGCGGAGCAAUGGAACCAUUUGAAUAGUAAAGUAUGGUUCAAAUAUAUCUGUCUCUUCUAA